AGAGUUUAAAAGAGUUAUUUUUGUGUGCACUAGAUAGCAGUCGUUUUCGAAUUAUUGCCAAUAGAUCGGAAACCAUGUUGACUGCACUGGUUCUUUUGUGGCUCGGAGCUUUUCUCUUGUUCCUCCACCUCAGAUGUCGGCGACCCAAAAACUUCCCUCCUGGACCUACUCCUGUUCCAUUAUUUGGAAAUUUGCUACAACUGGACCGCACAAACCCAUUAAAGGACCUAGACAAGUUUGCUCAGCGUUAUGGAUCGGUCUACAGUCUGUACAUUGGUAGACAACCAGCAGUAGUGUUGACAGGUCACAAAGCGAUCAAGGAGGCUCUGGUCACACAGGGGGUGGAGUUUGCUGGCAGACCACACACCAUGUUAAUCAGUCAUUUAACACAGAACAAAGGGGUGAUCAUGGCAGAUUUUGGAGACAGUUGGCGGGAACAUCGGCGCUUUGCUCUGACCACACUGAGGAACUUUGGCCUUGGAAAGAGCAGCAUGGAGCAGAGGAUUCUGGAAGAAGUCAAAUAUAUCUGCUCCCAUCUGGAGGAAUCUGCUGGAGUAAAGGCAAUUGACCCUCAAUAUCUUUUUCACCAAGCUGCUUCAAACAUCAUUGCCUCCAUCAUUUUUGGGUCACGCUUUAGUUAUCAGGAUGAAUAUUUCCAAACAUUGGUCAGGACUAUGGCACAACUUGGCAAGGUUGCGAUUGGACCAUGGGCCAUGCUCUAUGAAAUAACCCCAGCAUUAAGGAUUCUUCCGCUGCCAUUCAGAAAAUGUUUUGAGUAUUUUGAGCAAAUCAAACAACAUAUUCUCAAAGUUGUUGGUACGCACAAGAUGUCAAGGGUACCUGGGGAGCCCAGAGACUUAAUUGACUGUUACCUGGAGGAGAUGGAGAAGGUCAGAGAUCGAGCAGAUCAAUGCACAACAUUUGAAGAUUCCCAGAUGGUCACUUUGCUUUUUGACUUGUUUAUGGCCGGUACAGACACAACCUCUAACACGCUCCGCACCUUAACCCUCUAUUUGAUGACCCACACUUAUAUACAGGAGAGAUGUCAGCAAGAGAUCGAUAAGGUCCUUGGGGCUCGUGAACAUGUCACAUUUGAGGACAGAAGUGCCAUGCCCUACGUUCAGGCAGUGAUUCAUGAAGCUCAACGUGUUGGGGACAUAGUUCCUCUCAGUGUGUUUCACACUACCACAACCAGCACCCAACUUCAAGGCUACAGCAUCCCAAAGGGGACUAUAGUCAUUCCUUAUCUGUCAUCUGCUCUCAGAGAGAAAAGUCAGUGGAAAUUUCCCAACGAGUUCAAUCCUCAGAACUUCUUGAACGAAAACGGGGAAUUUGUGAAACCUGAUGCAUUUAUGCCUUUUUCUGUAGGAUCCCGUGUGUGUUUAGGAGAGAGUCUAGCUCGCAUGGAGCUCUUUCUCAUCUUAGUCACAAUACUGCGCAGAUUCAGUCUAAUCUGGCCAGAGGAUGCAGGAGUUCCAGACUUCAAUCUUAUAUAUGGGGCAACGCAGUCAGUAAAACCUUACCGCCUGUGUGUACAACCACGUACACCAGAGACGACUAACAGAUCUUAAAUAGAGCAAGCAGUGCAGUCAACUUUAAUUAUACAUAUACGAAAAGUCACAAAGAUUUGCAUAAGCUUUAAAUAACACCAAUAUACACGUUUGUGCUUUAGUGUCUUUAUUUUUUUUUACACAAAUAGCGCAACAGCACACAACCUCUUAACAGAACUACUGUUUUAUGCAACCUUUU